GACUUUUUCCACUCAAGACAGGUUGUGAGGAGGAUGACACCUUCAAAGAGGAUCACACUGUGUCUGAUAUUUCCACUUCUUGUAGAGAUGGAUGUAGUAGCUGGUACUGAAUCCUCAUCCAUACUUCAGGACAGUGGUUUCAUAUCAGCCAAUGUUGGAGACGCAGUGACUGUGCACUGCUUCUAUGAAGGCCACAUGGACAUGCAUUUCUCCUGGUACAAGCAACCCUUGGGAGAUAAGCUUCAACUCUUCUCAACCGUCUUUAAGUUUGACAGGAACGCAACAUUUUACCAUGAGUUUAAGGAUAACCCACGAUUCUCAGUGGAAAACGGCCAAGAAAAGAAUCACCUAAGGAUCUCAGACAUGCAGCUCUCUGAUUCAGCCACUUACUACUGUGGAAGCUCUUAUGGCAACAAGGUGGAGUUUGGAGAAGGAGCCAUUCUCAUAGUAAAAGGUUCAGGGUCCAGAAACAUGACUGUGCUCCAGCAGCCUCUGUCUGAGUCAGUCCAGCCAGGAGACUCUGUGUCUCUGAACUGUACAAUACACACUGAGACCUGUGCAGGAGAACACAGUGUCUAUUGGUUCAGACAUGGCUCAGGAGAAUCCCAUCCAGGAAUCAUUUACUCCCAUGGAAACAGGAGUGAUCAGUGUGAGAAGAGCAAUGAGGCUGGGUCUCCUACACAGAGCUGUGUCUACAACUUCCCCAAGAGGAACCUCAGCCUCUCUGAUGCUGGGACUUACUACUGUGCUGUGGCCUCAUGUGGGGAGAUACUGUUUGGGAAUGGGUCCAAGCUGAACAUUCAAGUUCCAGAACACGAUUCUCCAUUUGAUCUGAGUCCUACUGUUCUGGCCUUGGUCGUCUCCAACAUCGUUCUGGGGAUAGUGACCCUUCUACUUGUCUGGGCACUGUGCAAGACUCUGAACAGAGAUAGCAGAGGGAGGACUGAUGUCCCAACGUCCCAGGGCAAUCAGAAUCAAGACAGUGACGUGUUGAACUACGCAGCUGUCAGUUUCACCCCCAAGAACAACUCCUCCUCUAGAAGAGUGAGAGAGAAGACAAGGAGAGAGGAUGCAGUGUACUCUGAUGUCAGGCACCUUCAGCAGCAGUGAAGGAUAUCACCACUGUCACAAAGACACCAAGAAGAAAUAUUACUAUUUGUAGCCUAAUAGAACUGCUUUUAGUAACAAAAAAUAGUAUGGAAUUUUCAAAGUAACAAAGAAUCUGUUAUUUUAACAUUGUCUGUAUGUUAGAUGUAUAUAAUGAUUCUGUAAUGCUAAAUAAAUAGCCAUAACUCUUUACAGCUUUUUAUUGAAAGAAAUCAUCUGAUAGAGAAUCCCAAUUUUUGCUGUAUGACUGUGUGUUUUUAACAUAAUAAACCAUAU